AUGAUAACCUUCGGUGCCUCGAACACUUCCACAGCUACGGAAGAAUCUGGCGACGUAAGAAGCAUUUGCGAAAGUGUUUGUAGUGAUGGAUCAAACGCUACCGUGCAACCAGGGGCUAAUCAAAGGCCCCGUAUGGACAUCGCAUGUGUUUUGGACGUGACCCAAACAUUGAACCUUGCUCACAGGAAAAGAGCAUUGGAAGAAGUGCGCCUGGCUUCCGACCUUGUAAAUGCAAACUUACACCAUAUUCAAUUUGAAAAACUAGACUUCGGUGAAACCAGUGUAUUGGAUACCUUUUACAAUGCGGAUGUGGCCCUUGUGGAUCUCAGUCUACAAGUACAACAGAGCUCCUUGUUGUAUCACCUUGGAGUUCGAGAGAGUUUUGAUAUGAAGGAAAAUGUUCUGUUGUAUAACGAUGUGGACUCAGACGCUACUUUACGGCUUAAAAUAUCUCUGCCAAACUUCCUAUUCGUGUCGUACAAGCUAACAGAUGCGGGUACAUGCGUUAUAACGAACCCGGCUGCAGCUAAAUUUAAAGGUGAAGAAGCACCGGACCCAAAACAACAUUUGACUUUACGACUCAAAAAUAUCCUUCAGGAUGUUGAAGUCCAAACCAAAGCUCACAUACAAGAAAAGUUCCUAUCUGAUCUACGCAAAGCUCGUGAAACCUAUAGCGGUACAGAGUUGGCCAACGUGCUACACGCGAUGCGAAGACGCCUGGACGAUCCUGCGGUUCUAUCUGGAGAUACGAUAUUAAAUCUUUUGAUAUCAUACCGUGAAAUACAGGACUAUGACGCAAUAGUCCAAAUUGUUGACGAUCUCAAAACCAUAAUGAAUAGAAAGAACUAUGUCAAUAUGCCGAUUAUUAGGUUUAUGUAUGCGUUUGCUAUGAACAGGAGAAAUAAAGAGGGUGACAGAGAAAACGCUUUAAAAGUUUGUGUGAAGGCGUUAGAAAAGAAAGAAAAUAGAUUUCCCGAUAUGUUGUGCCUUUGCGGUCGCAUAUAUAAGGAUAAAUUUGUAGAAUCUCAACACACGGACGUAGAGAGUUUGACUAAUGCUAUACAUUGGUACAGACAGGGUUUCGAAGUGCAGCCAAACGAAUAUGCGGGUAUUAAUUUGGCAACACUACUAGUUAUAGCUGGAAAUGAGUUUAAAAACUCACAAGAAUUACAACAUAUAGGUAUGGUACUUAACCAUUUAAUAGGUAAAAAAGGCAGCUUAUCCUCUUUAAAGGAUUAUUGGGAUGUGGCAACAUUCUUUGAAAUCUCAGUUUUGGCUCAGGACUACGUGAAAGCGAUACAAGCUGCUGAAUGUAUGUUCAAACUGAAACCGCCUAAUUGGUACUUGAAGUCUACUAUAGGAAAUAUAGAGCUUAUUGAUAGGUUUAGAAAAAGUGAAGAAAUAUCAGCAGAGCAGCAAAUUUUUUCGUUCUGGAUGGAGUUUUUCGUAGAGGCAACUAAAAGCACAUGUGAAAAUAUUAUACGCUUUCCCGUGGUGAUUCUAGAAACAACAAAAGUGUUCAUACCGUCGUAUCUGAACGUGAACAUGGGCGCGGAGCAGAAGUCUAUAGAGAUAUUCAACCUGUGCCUGGAGCAGAUGCGCGGCACUUGCCGGCAGGUGCACCGCUGGCUGUUCACCUCCGAUAUGAUUAGGUCUUACAGUUUAUAUAAACGUGAUGAACGUUGUCUUUUCCUGUACGUGAGCGAGAAUUCAGACGAUUUUCAAAUUUUCCUCCCGUCCCAAGCAUUUCGCCAACAUUUGUACGAUCUUCUGGGAGAGCUCACGGCUGACCACGAGAAAGUCGCUGAUUUAGAUACCAGCGUCAUGCAAGAUCAGUUAAAGUUCGAAUACGAAUUAGACGAUUGCAACAAAAGAGUGGUACUCGGUAAAGGUACGUACGGUGUGGUGUACGCGGCUCGGGAUCUCAACACGCAAGUGAGGAUCGCUGUCAAAGAGAUCCCCGAAAAGAACUUAGGUGAUGUACAGCCUUUGCACGAGGAAAUAUUGCUGCAUUCACAGCUUAGACACAGGAAUAUCGUACAGUACCUCGGUUCUAUAUCAGAAGACAAUUACUUCAAGAUUUUCAUGGAACAAGUUCCUGGAGGCUCGCUCUCAGCCUUGCUAAGAUCCAAAUGGGGUCCACUCAAAGAAAACGAAGCAACUAUCGCUUAUUAUACCAAACAGAUUUUGGAAGGUCUCAAGUACCUUCACGAUCAGAAAAUCGUUCACCGCGAUAUAAAAGGCGACAACGUACUUGUGAAUACCUAUAGCGGAGUGGUGAAGAUAUCCGACUUCGGCACAUCUAAGCGACUCGCUGGUUUGUGUCCUUCUACUGAGACCUUUGCUGGCACUUUACAGUACAUGGCCCCAGAGGUCAUCGAUAAAGGACAACGGGGUUAUGGUGCUCCAGCUGAUAUAUGGUCGUUAGGCUGCACGGUGGUGGAAAUGGCGACGGGAAACCCGCCCUUUAUGGAGUUGGGAUCGCCUCAAGCAGCUUUAUUUAAGGUGGGAUAUUAUAAAAUGCAUCCGGAAAUGCCCAGUGAAUUAUCGGUGAAGGCAAAGAACUUCAUUCUGCGCUGCUUCAUACCGGAACCCGAGAAGAGAGCUACGGCCGCUGAAUUAUUAGAAGAUCCUUUCUUAUGCGAGAAAAAGAAAUCCUCAACACGUCUCGGUAACAGCAUCGACUAUAGCCGAAGUAUAUCGGUGCCUGCAGACAAGGUGCGAGCUUCUCUCGCUCAAAAGAAAAUAUCAGAAACAAGUAUGCCUGGAAAUUUGCCUAGUUCUCCCGAAAUCGAGGUUAAAACGGUGCGGUCUAAUCCAACAAUGACUAGGACGGCGUCGUCGAUGCUCUCGCCGAUACUGAUAUACCCACCGGACCUAUUGAAUAGCAGCACAAUGCCGAACACGCCGUCGACCGAUGAAAUGGAUAGCAAUGACACGAUUUUGAAUAGACGAAGCUCUUCCGGGGGCUUGCUGUCGCCAGAGGUAGAUAUGACAAACGUGCCUCGAUCAUCAAUAGACAUAGAGCACGACGGGUUCUACCUCCUCAAGAAGGACUCGCAGCGCCGUCUCACUCUCUCCCGCGUGUUAGAGCAGGACAGUGAGAAAAUAUGCUCCAAAUGGAUGCUCAGCAUACAACAGGACUUUGGAAAUACUGUCCUAACACUUAAUCAUCUAGAAACUCUACGGUGUGCGCUCAAAGAUUAUAUAAUGGACCAAAAUAGAAGUGUCAUCGAGCGAGCAAUAAUAGUACUUAAGGAGGAAUUGGAUUUCGAUGCGAAUGCGAUAAAUGAACUGCACUCAGCUAUUUAUAUGUUCCAAGAAGCUGUCAAUGUUGUAUUGAGAAUGCAUAGUAUAAAGCCACAUUGGAUGUUCGCUCUGGACAACCUUGUGAGGAAUGCUGUGCAAGCGGCCAUAACUGUUUUGUCACCAGAGCUGGGCGCGAACCUGGCGGGGCAGGAGGCGGAGCGGCGCGCGCCCGACGCGUCGCCCUCCGCGCUGUCCACCGCCUCCGCGCGCGACCCGCUGCUGGCGCUGCACCAGAUACGACAGGACAACCACAAAUUACAACAAGAGCUCAUUGACAGCUACCAACAAUACCAAGCGCUGCUUCGGUUAAUGUUAGAAGAGCAGAAAAUGCAAACUCAAAUAAUAAAAGAAAUUGUGGAGAGUAAAGCAAAGAAUCAAACCCGGAGUAUAGACGAAAGUGAGGAGCACGAUCCAGAACAACUGCAAGCAUUCAAAGAUUGGUUGUCGUCCAGAAAUGUACCUGAGAGCGCUGCGGUCGCGCUCGUGGAACAAAAGUACACCUUAAACGAUUUGCUGCAACACGCACAGAGGGAGGAUGUAGCUAGACUUAACCUUAAAGGUGGCGUAGAACUACGGCUGUGGCGAGCCAUCACCGAACACCGCCUAACUUCAAACCAUCUCCGUCGUACAAGCAGCACCGAAACUGACAUAGACAAUAAUUCUAUAGUCGUCGUUGAAUGUUCAAAAUGUAAAACGUCCAGAACAAUAUCGUCAUGUUCAAACAACCCAACGAUAGUUAUAAAAGAAAAUGGCGACGAUUUUUGUACAGAAAAUGGAAUGGUAAAUAUU